UGCCAGUUCAGGGAGCACCCCUAGAAGCCUAGAGAGAAACGAAACUCUCCUGGGGUGCAGGUCAACAUGAACCUGUACCGCACACCAGCCGGAGCUCUGGACAAGCUGGUGGCCCACAGCCUGCACCCACUCCCUGAGUUCAUAUUGGCUGUGCGAGGUGCUCUGGGGGCCCUGGACGUCGCCCUGCGGAAGCAGGGAGCCCAAGGGUCACAGAGACCAAGGGUGAUAAGGAUCGCCAAGGGAGGAGCCUAUGCCCGGGGCACAGCUCUCAGGGGUGGCGGUGACGCUGAACUUGUCAUCUUCCUCAACUGCUUCAGGAGCUAUGGGGACCAGAAGACCUGUCACACGGAGACCCUGGGUGCCAUGAGGGUGUUGCUGGAGUCGUGGGGGCGGCACCCGGGGCCUGGCCUGACUUUUCAGUUUUCUGAGCCAAAGGCACCUGGGGUCUUGCAGUUUCGUCUGGCUUCAGCAGACCAGGAAAACUGGAUGGAUGUUAGCCUGGUGCCUGCCUUUGAUGUCCUGGGACAGCCCCGCCCUGGAGUCAAGCCCACACCCCAGGUGUACUCCUCCCUCCUCAGCAGCGGCUGCCAGGCUGGGGAGCACGCAGCCUGCUUCACAGAACUCCGAAGGAGCUUCGUGAACGUUCGCCCAGCCAAGCUUAAGAACUUAAUCCUGCUGGUCAAACACUGGUACAGACAGGUACAGACGCAGGAGGCCGUGAGGGCCACGCUGCCCCCCAGCUACGCCCUGGAGCUGCUUACCAUCUUUGCCUGGGAGCAGGCCUGUAGGAAGGAUUCUUUCAGCCUGGCCCAAGGGCUCCGGACCGUCCUGGCCUUGAUCCAGCAGAACAAGCACCUCUGCAUUUUCUGGACGGAAAACUACGGCUUCGAAGACCCCGUGGUCGGGGAGUUCUUGCGAAGGCAGCUUGAGAGGCCCCGGCCCGUGAUCCUGGAUCCGGCUGACCCGACUUGGGACGUGGGCAACGGGACAGCCUGGCGCUGGGAUGUGCUGGCCAAGGAGGCCGCGUCCUGCAUUAAUCAGCAGUGCUUCCUGGAGGCAUCAGGAGUCCCAGUGCAGCCUUGGAAGGUGUCUGGCCUUCUCCAUGCUGAUAUCUUGGGUUUGGGCCACCCCAUCCAACAAGGGCCUAAUGAGGCCCUGGAAGACAAGAAAGGCCACGGUGCUGUGCUGCCAAAGACAAGGAGCCUGCAGCCUUCCGAUUCAGCUCCAGGGGUCCCAGAAGCAACCACCGAGGCUGUUCUGCCCACGGCCUGUAAAGCCAGCAAGAGCCUCAAAGCAGCACAUCCAGGGACCGUCGGGAAAACAGCACCGAGUGUCUCAAGUCACAAUAGGAUCACCCGGAGCACCCCAUCCUCAAACGCGCCUCCCCACCGCUCAAUCGCAACCAGCGUCUCCACCGCUGGGUCAGAGAUGGUCCCGGAUCUGUCGCAAAUCCCCAGCAAGGAGCUGGACUCCUUCAUCCAGGACAAGCUGAGGCCGAGUGCCCAGUCCCAGCAGCAGGUGAGGCAGGCCAUCGACGCCAUCCUGCGAUGCCUCCAGGAGAAGUGUGUACACAAAGCUUCCAGGGUCAGCAAGGGCGGCUCUUUCGGCCGAGGCACAGACCUCAGGGGUGUCUGUGACGUGGAGCUUGUCAUCUUUUACAAAGCCCUCAGGGACUUCAAGGGCCAGAGGUCCCGCCAAGCCGAGAUCCUGUGUGACAUGCAAACCCAGCUACAGGCCUGGUGUCGGGACCCGGUGCCUGGGCUGAGCCUCCGGUUUGCUGAACAGAACAGGCCCAAUGCUCUGCAGCUCCAGCUGGUGUCCACAGACCUCAGCAGCUGGGUAGACGUCAGUGUGCUGCCCACUUUCGAUGCUGUGGGGCCACUGAACACCAGCACCAAACCCCAGCCCCAGGUGUACUCGUCCCUCCUCAGCAGCGGCUGCCAGGCGGGGGAACAUGAGGCCUGCUUUGCAGAGCUCCGCCCAGUCAAGCUUAAGAGCCUGAUGCUACUGGUCAAGCACUGGUACCGCCAGGUUGCCACUCGAGACAGAGGAGGAGAGGCAGCGGGCGCCACUCUGCCCCCAGCCUAUGCCCUGGAGCUUCUGACAAUCUUUGCCUGGGAGCAAGGCUGUGGGGAGGAGAAGUUCAGCAUGGCUGAAGGCCUUCGGACCGUCCUGAGGCUGGUCCAGAAGCACCAGUCACUCUGUGUCUACUGGACAGUCAACUACAGCGUGCAGGACCCGGCCCUCAGAGCACACCUUCUCGGCCUGCUCCGGAAAGCCAGGCCUCUUGUCCUGGACCCUGUGGAUCCCACCUGGAAUGUGGCCCAGGGCAGCUGGGAGCUGUUAGCUCAGGAGGCAGCGGCCCUGGAGUCACAGGUCUGCCUUCAGAGUGGGGAUGGGACUCUGCUGCCGCCCUGGGAUGUGAUGCCAACCCUCCUUCACCAGACUCCAGCUGAGGACCUGGACAAGUUCAUUAGUGAAUUCCUCCAGCCCAACUCCCACUUCCUGACUCAGGUGAAGAAAGCGGUCGACACCAUCUGCUCCUUCCUGAAGGAGAACUGUUUCCGGAACUCUACCACCAAGGUGCUCAAGGUGGUCAAGGGCGGGUCUUCUGCCAAAGGCACUGCUCUACAGGGGCGCUCAGACGCUGACCUGGUAGUGUUCCUCAGCUGCUUCCGCCAGUUCUCGGAGCAAGGCAGCCACCGGGCCGAGCUCAUCUCAGAGAUCCAGGCUCAGCUGGAGGCGUGCCGGCGGAAGCAGCGCUUCGACGUCAAGUUUGAGAUCUCCCAGAGGAAGAACCCCCGAGCGCUCAGCUUCUCGCUGACAUCCCAGACGCAGCUGGACCAGAGCGUGGACUUUGACGUGCUGCCAGCCUUCGAUGCUCUUGGCCAGCUGAGGUCCCACGCUAGGCCUGAUCCCCAGGUCUACAGAGACCUCAUCCACAGCUACAGUAACGCGGGCGAGUUCUCCGCCUGCUUCACGGAGCUGCAGAGGGAUUUCAUUGUCUCCCGCCCCACCAAACUCAAGAGCCUCAUCCGGCUGGUGAAACACUGGUACCAACAGUGUAACAAGAAGCUCAAGGGGAAGGGCUCCUUGCCAGCCCAGCAUGGGCUGGAGCUCCUGACGGUGUACGCCUGGGAGCAGGGCAGCCGGAACAGCCAAUUCAACAUGGCAGAGGGCUUCCGAACCGUUCUGGAACUGGUUGGCCAGUACCGUCAGCUCUGCAUCUACUGGACCGUCAACUACAGUGCAGAGGACGAGACCAUCGGUGACUUCCUGAGGAUGCAGCUUCAGAAGCCCAGGCCCAUCAUCCUGGAUCCAGCUGACCCGACAGGCAACCUGGGCCACAAUGCCCGUUGGGACCUGCUUGCCCAGGAGGCUAGAGCAUUCAUGUCUGCCCUGUGCUGCAUGGACAAGGACGGCACCUCCAUCAGGCCAUGGCUGGUAAAGGCCACCGUGUGAAGUCUAGAAAGAUCAGUGGUCACACCGGCUGACCGAAAGUGACGUCAGCCCUCAGCAUGGGAGCCUCAAGAGUAUCUGGCCAGAUGUGUGUGUGUGUGUGUGUGUGUGUGUGUGUGUGUGUUUGUGAGCAGGUCUGUGUGUGGUGUGUCUGUAUAUGUAUCUUUGCGUGUCUAUAUGUGUAUGUAUAUAUGUGUGUGUUUGUAUGCUAUAUGUGUGUAUGUGUAUAUAUGUGUGAAUGUGUAUAUUUGUGUGUGUAUAUAUGUAUGUGUGUGUCUGUGCAUGUAUGUAUGUGUGUAUUUUUCUGUGUGUGUGUCUGUAUGCGUGUGUAUAUGUGUGUUUCUGUGUGCUCUCUCACAGCAUCUCCCUUCUGACCACCCACCCACCCUCAUCACUCCCUUUCUUCGCAUUGUUUACCCUCACUCUGGAGCUUCAUUGACCUCUACUGUGAUGGUCCCAGCACCCCCAUGCUAGACAUCCCAGGACCCAGGCAUCUCUGAAACUCCAGUCUGCUGUUCACCAACCCUGUGCCCUGCCCGCACCCCGCAGCCACUCCCAGCAGCACCUCAGCCCUGCCAAGAAGCCACGCUCCUCCCUGGCCUCUCUCUGCCCCUCCAUCCCUCUUAUAUCCCUCCACCUGCAGAGAGCCAGCUGUAGUCCAGCUGUGGUCCAGCUCUGCUUUCCAUGUAAUGUGACCAGUUGUUUUGGUGACUACAAAAUACCUAGGCCCACAGCCACAGCAACAGAAUAAGCAAAACAAGGGAUAAGUGGGCCUCAGGAAUGUAGGAGGGGCAGGGAGAGUUCCCAGGCCUCAUCUGGGCCCACACGCUUCCUCAGCUUUCCUGAGUCAUCACCUGUGAAAGCUGAGGCUUUUUGAUACUGCGGUGCUUAGGGUUCACCCACACCCCUGCCAGUCCCCACCCAUGCUGUAAGUAACCCCAAUAAACCUAUUGGC